GUCGGUUAGGACGAUCAUGGUAUUUCGACGUCGCUAUCCACUAGAUAACUCCGACAUUCUCCUUCCGGACGCUCGUCCGUCGUGGAGUUCCUGAUGGCCUCUCGGAGAUAAGAGGUAUGGUCCGAGGAUGAGAAGAUAGAAAGAUGCCCCGGUGCCCCAACAAGAAUUCCCUCGACUCGUGGCCGGGCUGAUGGUUUUAUCGAUGAGUCAUAAAUCAUCUAAACCAAUAAGUGGAACCGUGGAAUUGUGGAAGAGAUGGUGAUGCAAUCAGGUGUUGGUACAACGAGAGAAACGGGAGAGAUGAGAGAUGAAGUGUGGAGGAAGAGGGAGAACAGAGGGGCCGCGGUCUGUGCUAGUCAUAGGGCAGACGAUCUGAUAGACGGGACAAGCACUGAGAUUCAAGUACGUACGUACCUUGAUACCAUCUUCCUCUCUCACAUCUACUCCCUUCAUUCGGCGCAUAUUCACCUUCCUCUAUUGUCGUCUCUCUUGCGCCCCUUUCCGCUGUCGCGACUCUAUUGUUCUGCGCUCCAACUCCAGCCCAAGAUAUUCCGCUUUCCUCCGAGAGAUCGAUCGAUUUGUUCGGGAGAGCGAGCUCUGAGAGACAUCCAUCACCCACCCGACCAGAAACCAGUCGGAGGGCUAUCACCGAGAACGACCCACAAUAGGAACGAAAGCAGAUCAAGUACAAUAGACAAAAUCAGCAGCAUCUUGCUCCUUAAAAGAACUUCCCUUGCAAGUUGCGACUAAGUUUCGGCGAGUCCACCGAUAUUGAACGUACCGGGCACCUGCAGACGGCGAAGUGCGCCACACUACUUAUUCCAACCCUGAAACACCAUCCAAGCCGUCCACAAGGCUGGAUUGUACCGAAG